AGGGGCCCUGGGGUUGCAGAAGGAAGCAGAACAGAGAAGCAGGGUGGAGCCGUGUCGGGGAGGUAACGAUGCCAGAUGCCUACAGAAAGGAGGGAGAAGGAGGCUUUGGAGAGGCAGUUUGGGAAAGGGACUCCACAGGCCUGGUGUGUGUGUCACGGGGAGUGGGAGGAGGCCCCGAGGGGUAUAGGGAGGAACAGUAGAGAUGUCAGCGGCUAAUACGUAGGGGCCGAGAAGAGAGAGGGACCCUUGGGUGGGGAUGCAGCAGGUGGCAAGGUUCGCGGGCUGUGGGCUAUGUAGAAAGCAGGCGGUUGAAGUUUCCUAGGUAUGCGUACCUGACAUUGCGCGGGUGGGUUAGCUUGUGGGAAAGGAUGUUGACACCUGAGGCCCUAACUAUAGGAACAGGAUGGCGGAGACCUGGGUGAAAAGUGGGGAACUGGGUUAGUGGGGCUCUGGGAGUGUACUUAGAGAGGAAAUUGAGAGACCACGGAUGCAUCUCGAGAUGGGAGGCCUUCUGGGGAGUCUAGCGGGGAUGGAGAUGUAGGAGGGUCUGGAGGCCAGAGGCAGACCGCUGCGGUGGUCCUGGGGAGAGAGAAUGCUCCCUGAGCGGGGCUGGGAAGAAGAGGGAGUGACCCGUUAGAGAAAGUCGGGAAGUAAGGGCCCUGGCAAGUAAGGGCCCUGGCGUGAGAUGAAAGGGCCCUUGAAGAUGUAGAGGGAAAACAGGCUUGGGAACUGAUAGGCUGUUGGGGAGUGGAGGAGAAGGGAAGUGGCCAGGCGAUGCCCUCCCGUUCGGCUGGGGGAUAAGAGAAGGAUCUGGGAGGAAAGGCAGGUGGGGGCUGGGAGAUGCUGAGCUUAGUUGCAGGAGCCCCCCGAAGCUGCUUGUGGAAGCAGAGCGAUCUGGCCUGGAAGCAGUUUCUUUUUGCUGCCGCUCCAGAUGCUGCUGCUGCCGCCGCGGCCACCCCACCCUCGGUCCUCCUCCCCGGAGGCCAUGGACCCACCGCCCCCCAAGGCUCCCCCUUUCCCCAAGACGGAAGGCCCUUCCUCCAGUCCUUCCUCGGCUGCGGGGCCCCGACCCCCGCGGCUGGGCCGCCACCUGCUCAUCGACGCCAACGGGGUCCCCUACACGUACACGGUGCAGUUGGAGGAGGAGCCCCGGGGCCCGCCCCAGCGCGAGGCACCGCCGGGAGAGCCCGGCCCUCGCAAGGGCUACAGCUGCCCGGAGUGCGCCCGUGUCUUUGCCAGCCCUCUGCGGCUGCAGAGCCACCGCGUGUCGCACUCGGACCUCAAGCCCUUCACGUGCGGCGCCUGCGGCAAGGCCUUCAAGCGCUCCAGCCACCUGUCGCGGCACCGUGCCACGCACCGUGCCCGCGCUGGCCCGCCGCACACCUGCCCAUUGUGCCCACGCCGCUUCCAGGAUGCAGCAGAGCUGGCGCAGCACGUGCGCCUCCACUAAGUUCCAGACCCGGCCUGUGCUGCCCUGCCCCUAGCUGGGCCACCACGUCUGACCCACACAGCGUCACUCCCACACGUACUCCCUGACUCUGAUGAGGUUACUGCCUUACCCUGGACCUCAGUUUCCCCAAUUGUCUAAAGGGAGAAACAUUCCUUCUUCCCUCCCUUUCUAGCUGUGUGAUGUAGAACAAGUCGUUGCCCCUCCCUGGGCCUGGGAGCCAGUCGGAACCCAGUUUCUGCCCAGCUGUGCUGUGUGAGCCUUUGCAAGUGGCGUAACCUCUCUGAGCCCUGGUUUUCUGCUCCGAAGUGGUGAACGGUUGUUGUCUGCGUGGAAGAUUUGACAAAAGAACACGGGCACGGUCUGGAUUAUUUCUGUAUCUCCUUCCUUACACCCCCUUCCCCCUCCCCCUUUACUCAAUAAACAUUCCGCACUCCA